AUGAAGCGACCGUGCGAUGACACCAGCUCUGACAGCGAUCUGGAUGAGACCAUUGAUGUGGGCAGUGAGAACAAUUACUCUGGACAUAGCAGCGGCUCAUUAAUUCGUUCAAACUCGCCGACAACAACAUCACAGAUAAUGGCCAGGAAGAAACGGAGAGGGAUUAUAGAAAAACGCCGGCGAGAUCGUAUCAAUAACAGCCUGUCUGAAUUACGGCGGCUUGUGCCGACUGCUUUUGAGAAACAAGGAUCGGCCAAGCUGGAGAAAGCUGAGAUUCUCCAGAUGACAGUGGACCAUUUAAAGAUGCUGCAGGCUACAGGAGGUAAAGGUUACUUUGAUGCCCAUGCCCUGGCUAUGGACUUCAUGAGCAUUGGUUUUCGAGAAUGCUUAACAGAAGUUGCAAGAUAUCUGAGCUCUGUUGAAGGCAUGGACACCUCUGAUCCCCUUCGAGUGAGACUUGUUUCCCAUCUUAGUACCUGUGCCUCACAAAGGGAAGCAGUAGCCAUGACAUCAUCAAUGACCCAACACCAGCACUCCCUGCACCCUCACCAUUGGGCAACAGCUUUCCACCAACUUCCUGCAGCUUUGCUGCAACAAAAUGGACUUUCUUCAUCUGACAGUAUUCCUUGCAGACUUUCUACAGCUACAGAGAUGCCUCCACAACAUGGCUCUGCUCUUCUUACAGCCACAUUUGCUCAUGCAGAUGCUGCUCUUAGAGUGCCUUCAGUUGGUACUGUUGCUUCCAGUGUUCCGCCUCUCUCUCUACUACCUCCUUGCUGUCACUUUCAGCCACAGUACAUGCUGCGGCUGCUGCUGCGGCACAGGGCUUCCCUCUGUCAUUUGCCGGAGCUUUCCCAAUUCUUCCACCGGGGGCAGCGGCAGCUAUGGCAGCUUCUGCAACAGCCAUUUCUUCACCCUUGUCUUCCUCGUCCAGCCCGCGACAAGCUAGUGCCAGCACAAAUAAUAAGCCAUAUCGACCAUGGGGGACUGAAGUAGGGGCAUUUUAA